AUGCAUCCUACACCAGGCGCUCAAUCCGAGCGUCCUGCGAGGUUUCAACUACGACGAGCACGGCCUUUGGCGGAAUAUAGCCAUAUGAGUGCGCCCACCAAUUUCGAACACAAUCAAGAGGCGUACCUUUAUGGGAACAAUCUCGACAGCUCCACAGCCUUCCGGGAGCAUGACAGGCCAUGGAUCAGCAUCCCAGCUCAGGCCAUCAGGACGGCUCAGCUGGGCUUCAUCGCUUGUGGCGUGCAUGGAAUAGUUCUUGCAUCGUUCUGGGUGCUCGUCCUCAUUGCAUACGGUGUAUUAUGGAAGCCAGGUGCCUGGUUUCUGGUCCCAUGGGCUGCCCUGUGCCUCAUUGGGUUUCUGUUGAGCUUCACUAUCGACCAGGCAUCACGCAGACGUUCGAACAGUCGAAGAAUGUGGAUGACCUACGCUUCGAUUCUGCCCAUGCUGUUCCAAAUUGUAUCAGUCCUACGCUAUAAGACGCGCUUUGCCUCGUCGUUCCUCUAUGGCCAUCUGAUGGCAAAUCUCCUUCUGGGGCCCGCUCUCGUGUGCCUGAGCAAUGGUCUCUCGCACGAAAUCUUUCCCGUACCGAGCGCCAACCAACUAAGAAGCAUGAUGUCCUUUGGCCUCACAGGCAUUUUGGGCAUGUUGGCUUGGGUGCAUCUCUCCCGCCACAGAGACUCAAACUUUUCCCAAACCAGCAAGACGAUAUUCUCAAUUACAGCACUUGUAGUGAUAACUGGGCUUUUCUUAUGGACUGUUACUUUUCGCACACGCACACACGUCAAUCUGUGGCAUCACGAGCAGCCCGAAGCUGAAUACGAAGCGGAGCGUCCCUGGCCAAAUGAGUUUUAUGGCAGCUACUCUGACACCUUGUUGUUGGACAACGGAUCCAUCGCCAUAUUUGCCACUAUGUUGGCAAUACCGUGUUCUUAUGCCGUGAUAUCUGCUUCAAAGGAUCCACAUCCAGGCUCAUACAUGUCAGAAGAUCUUUUGAGCGUUAUUUUACUCCCCAUGUUGGCAAAUACUCCGGUUUUCCUUCUCGGAAUGCGGCAAGCUGCAAGAAAACACCUCGACGAGCCCUUUGAGCUGAACCAUGCUGUUGGUGUUGAGUUUGCGUACAUUAUGACGGCUAUUAUCCUCAUCAAAAGCAUCACAUUUAAUGUGCAGGUCCCUUUCGAGUCGAACCCGGCGGAUUUAGUGUUCCUCGGGGUCGCCUCAAUUACCUCGCAUCGCAGCUUUUCAAGCCACUGUCAGCCCACCUACAUGGAUGGCGCUCUCUGCUUAGGGCUGUACUUGAUAAUAGCCCUUGCAGUCCUGAUCGCUAAUGCUGCUGAUGCAGGUCACCUGUGA